AUGGGGACAGCGCUGGGGGGUCACUGGGGACGGGAGGCAGAGGGGGAUGAAGGCUGGCAGGGCUUGGGGACAGCGGGAUUCAAGGGUGACAACCUGGGGGGCGGGGACAGCAGGGAUUUGGGGCUGGGGACGGCCAUCGUGGACGUGAUGAUAAACCUCCAGUUCACGCUGGUGGAGACGCUGUGGAAAACCUUCUGGAGGUGCAGCCUGAGCCAGCCCAGCGAGGCCGCCCCCGUCGCAGUCCACGACGAGGCGGAGAAGCGCCUGCCCAAGAGCCGCCUGGUCGUCCUCUCCAAAUACGAGCCCGUCCUCAGGUGGGCCAAGGACUGCGACCACGCGCUCUACCAGGGGCUGGUGGAGAUCCUCAUCCCCGACGUCCUCCGGGCCCAUCCCCAGUGCCUUGACGCAAGCGAUCCGAAAUUUCGCCAAGAGUUUGGAGAGCUGGCUAACGAACGCCAUGAUGAACAUCCCGAGGAGAUGGUCCGCGUGAAGGUGGCGGCAGCAAGUGCCUUUGCCCAGACGCUGCGGCGCUACACGUCCCUCAACCACCUGGCGCAGGCGGCGCGCGCCGUCCUGCAGAACACGGCCCAGAUCAACCAGAUGCUCAGCGACCUCAACCGGGUCGACUUCGCCAACGUCCAGGAGCAGGCCUCGUGGGUGUGCCGGUGCGAGGACCGGGUGGUGCAGCGGCUGGAGCAGGACUUCAAGGCGACGCUGCAGCAGCAGAACUCGCUGGAGCAGUGGGCGGCCUGGCUGGACGCCGUCGUCGCCCGCGUCCUCAAACCCCACCAGGGCACCCCCGGCUUCCCCCGCGCCGCCAAGCUCUUCCUCCUCAAGUGGUCCUUCUACAGCUCGAUGGUGAUCCGGGACCUGACCCUGCGCAGCGCCGCCAGCUUCGGCUCCUUCCACCUGAUCCGGCUGCUCUACGACGAGUACAUGUACUACCUGGUGGAGCACCGCGUGGCGCAGGCCCGCGGGCAGAGCCCCAUCGCCGUCAUGGGAGAGUUUGCCAACCUGACGAGCUCCCUCAACUCCCUGGACCCCCGACAAAGACGAGGAGGAGGAAGAAGAGGAGGAGAGCGAUGAGGAGCUGCCGCAGGAGAUGGGGCUGGGGGCGGGGGAGGGGGCGGCACUGGCCCCCGACCCCCUGGAGCCGCCGGCCAAGCUCCCCCGCACCGAUGCCCGCGGCCUCUUCGUCCAGGCCUGCCCUCCAGCUGAGGGCCCCCCCCGCCCGGGUACCCUCCCGCCCCCCCCGCGCUUUCACCCCUGCCUGGGUCCCCCGCGUCCCCCCCUCCCCGCAGCUCCCCGGCGGGGGGGGGGGCCCGGGGGGGCCGCGGGAGUCGCUCAGCGGCGACAAUGUGCCUUAAGCAACGCGCCGGGAUCGUGUGCCAAAGCCCCCCCGGCCCCCCCGAGGGGAUGGACACGGGGGGGGGCGCGGGGGGGCCCUGCUGCUCCAGCAAAGGGAAUCGCAGGAUUUGGGGAUGGCCCCUCCCCGGGGGGGGGGGGCAACUUAGGGACCCUUUGGGGGGGGGGUAAA